GUUCGAAAAGAGUAGAGUCGCGAUAGCUCAGUCGAUUGCUCCGCAGCAGCCACUGGAGUUGAGCAAUAAUUCGACCUUUACUCAGAUGGUGGCACAGUACGCCGCGGGCUGCCCAACGCAGUUUACCAAGCCACGCGUCUUCUCUCAAGAUCCCCUCAUGGUGUACAUCGAGGACUACUUGUCGCCAGCCGAGGCAAAAUAUCUGCUCCACGUAGCCGAAGGGCGCUGGGAUGCAUCGCCUAUCUCGACAAGAUCUCAAAUCAAGGGGUACGAUCCAGAAUUCCGCUCAUCACUGACGGCAGUGCUGCCAGGUGAUCCGGUCGUGAACUGCGUGGAGGAGCGUGCGGCGUCGACCCUGGGCUUCCUCCCGGUAUCGCAUGUUGAGCCCAGUCAAGCAGUGAAGUACGAGAUCAGCGAGCACUUCCGGCCGCACUUCGAUUGGGUGGACGGAAUGGCAAAUCCACGUAGCUACACACUGUUCGGCUACCUGGCCUGCGAUGGAGAAAAUGGCGAAGGAAGCUGUGUAGGGGGUAACACACAGUUCCCAAACUUCUCGGGGCGCUUUCCAGCAACUUGGUGCAAAAAGUUCGUGGACUGCAAUGACGAAUCUGGCCUUGGUGGUGUCGCCUUCAAGCCUGUGGUAGGCAAUGCUCUCUAUUGGUCCAAUUACUAUCCCAACGGAACUGGACAUCCGGGAAGCUACCAUGCCGGCAUGCCAGUUAAGGUUGGGCGCAAAAUAGGGCUGAACCAAUUUGGCAGAAGGGAUCCAUGGGACAGCGAAGCUUUCUUAGAUCCGUGA